AUGUAUACUGAAUUAAUACUUGAGCUCCGGCUCCUAGGAGUGCGGAUUGAGGCGACGACAUCUGGUUCCUGGCAUCAUCAUCUGCAGCUCGGGUUUUGUAUUUCGGCGCAUUUACUAUUAUUUCAAGAACCAGCAGCUUACUGGGAAAGCAUAAGACAGUACAGUGGAACUUACUCAGACGUUGAAGAACUAAUGGCGUCAACAGAGGAUGGAAACAGGGAAGGGAAGAACGGGGAGGGACAGCCAUCAGGAGACUCUAAUGGCAAUUUGCGAAGGUCUCUGGAUAAUGAGACGUCACCGCAGACGAGCGCUUUCCAGUCGGCUGUAGCAGCCUGGAGAAACAUUGAUCUCUCGACACUCCAAAAGUCUCUCGACACCACAGCAACUGACAUAGUAAGUAGUCAGAAAGAAAACUUGGUUGAGCGUAAGGAGCUGGCACAAAAGACGAAGGAGUAUAAAAAACUUGGUGAUGAGGGUAAGAAAGAAGAGUGGAAAGGUCUGCUGAAAUCGUAUCAGACAUUCAUUGACCAUCUAACAACUUCAAAAAAGGCCACUGAAAAUGCCUUCCUUAAUCUCUACCAAUCUUUGUCCGAGGCGCCGGAUCCGUAUCCUCUUUUAGAGGCAACAAUUGAUUCACUCCUAUCACUCUCCGAUAUGCAGGCAUUAACGAGGGACAAUACCUCGUUAAACUCCACAGUCACACGUCUCUCAAGCCAAAUAGCAAACCUGGAAGCAUCUAUGGCUUCCAAAAACAAAGAAAUCGAAAGGUUAAAGCAUGAGAAAGAUGAGGAUGUGAAGAAGGCUGAGGAUGUCUGGCGAGGUGUCAUAGAUGAAAAGACUAGGAAUUGGGAGGGAAAAGAAAAAGCUCUCUUGGAUAAGUUAGAGCAUCAGGAAGGGGUUUUAAAGGAAAUAAAGGCCAGCUAUGAGGUGUCUCAGCGGAUGGGACCUCGGAGUGCCGGCGGUGCUGAAGAAGAUGGUUUGGCUAAAGAAAGGAUGGCGGAAUUUGAAAUUCUUUCUCGUGACUUAGAGAGGACUACUUUGAGAUUAGCGGAAGUGGAGGGACGGAAUGAACAGCUAAGGCUUGAGCUGGCAAAUGCCCAAAGCCAGGAAGGACAUACCACUACUAGCAACGAUAAUGCCGAGAAUGAAGAAGACCCAUUGAUAGCUAGGCUACAAGGGGAAAAUGCCACCUUAUUGAGGAGGUUUGAAAACAUCAACGUUCAGGCAGGAAAUGAAAAGAAGGAAUGGGAAAGAAAAAUAAGGGGGCUUGAGAGAGCUAUUGAUGGCUUGAAAAAGGAUAAAGACAUUCUAAAAGAGAAGAUGGCGAAGUGGGGUGAUUAUGAAGAGGUGCGGAGAGAACUGGAAAUAUUAAAGUCAAUCGAAUUUUCAACAGGAGAUGAUGAAGAAGAUGGUGACGAUUUCUUAGAUUUCUCCAAGACUGGGACUGCAGAUGGAGAUGAGAGUGGAGGGAGGGCAAAGGGCGGAAAGGAAACAUUGGAGCAAAUGUUACUUGCAAGAAAUAAGAAACUUGGAAGCGACCUAACAGUCUUGCGUGUUUCCCAUGACGAACUCUCAAGCCGCCUAAAAAACCUUCAACAGACGUUAGAUUCUACAACUUCUGAGCUUGUUUCGGCUCGCUCACUAAAUGAAAAGCUGGAAAACGAUCUUCUGAAAUUUCAGCAAGAAACUCAGCAUUCAUCAGCUCUUUCUGUAGCUGGAACAUACGUCUCGCGAUACCCAUCAGCCCAAUCAAUGGCACAUGGGUCUUCGCGACGAAUUUCUCCAACAUCCUCCAUAAUUUCAGGUGUUAUACCUCACUCCGCAUCGCACGUCUCGUUAGCAGGUCUUCGUGCAGGUGAAAAUGAAAGCUAUGGUAGCGGAAGCGGCAUCCUACCAAUGGUUACAGCCCAGCGUGAUAGAUUCAAGCAGAAGAACCAACAGCUUGAAGAUGAUCUCUCCCGGGCCCAUGGAACAAUCUCAAACUUACGCCAAGAGGUGGCAUCUUUACAGAAAGAUAACCUCCAACUUUAUGAGAAGACUCGAUAUAUCUCCUCGUAUUCACGUCAGCCAGUUACCGUCGGUGCUGCUGGCUCGAGUUCGGGAUUUGGAGUAAAUCCAAAUGCAGCAUCAACGUUGCGCUCAUCCGACAACUCUGGGGGCUUUCAAUCGAUCGGUACAGACAGGCUUACGAGGCCAACAUAUCACCGUUUGAAGCAUUUAGGGGAAGAGAGUCGGCAAGGGCGUUCCAUCGCAUGGGAGUGGUGGAACGCAUCAUAUACUCGCUGA